AACCGGCAUAAGCCCUGUGUCUGACCCAGGUGACCCGCUGAAGUUCAGCUACCUCCAUUCUCUACUGGCUCAGUGUGCCCAGUCCUCCCUGCCUGUGUUGCUUCCCAGCUCCACCUGCUUGCUGACCCCCGAAGGCCUCCACCACACCCUGCUGGCAGGUCACUUGACCAAUGUGACUGCCCUGGGAGGGGGGCAGAAAGGGCCCUUGGGUGUGACCAGUGAAUCUGAUGGAAGCCUGAGGUUUUGGGAUCUGGAGCAGAGGCGGAUCAUCAGGAGCCUGGACGCAGUGGAUGGAGUUGUGGGAGAUUCAAUCACCCUGGGUCUGGAUGAUAGGAUGCUCAUAGUCUGCAUGGGACAAAGUCUGCAGGUGAGAGAGGUUCAAUUCGGGCGAGUUGUGUAUUCAGAGAGUGACUCGGUGGACCUUCCCAUAGUAACAACGACUUGUGACGGACAGCUGCUGGUGGUCUUCUAUGAUGGAAGUCAUCUAGUCAAGGUGUUUGACCUGGCUGCCUCCUGCUCUCUGCUGCACUGUGUUAACAUUUCCAUGGAGCGUGAGGCAAUCCACAAAGAUCGCUCCAUUCUGCUGUCCAACAACUCCAUCAGGGACUACGUCCUCUUUGCCUACAGGUCUGCUGGUGAGGCAGCUGUAUUCAGUGCCAGAGGGGGCGCUGUGCUGUCUGUCCUAUCAGCUCAAAAUGGUGCUGCCUCUAUACAAGCCGUGGAGAUGACUGAAGACUACCUGCUGCUCUUCUGCAGAUACCCUUACAGGAGCGGCUGUGAAAUCAUCCACAUCGAACUCUUCAGCUCUGUCUCCUUCCUCUACCUGCGGUCGAUACUGGGCUGCAGCCAAGACUGCAUUUCCCAGGUCACUGUCAACCGGGCAGGGACUCACGUCGUGGCUUUUUGCCCCUCCCCUCGUACCGGCAUCACUGAGCUGGUCACGUGGAAUCUGGAGACAGAGGACCACAAACACAUCACGCGCUUCCCUGCAUUGCUGACCAAAGGCGUGUGUUUUGACCUGCGCUACUGCCUGGGGAUCUGCAGCGGAGAGAAGUACCUUCGCCUGUGGGAUCUGACCUCCAGGAUCAGUGACCAGACUCUUACCUACAACAUCUAUAAGCUCAGGAGUGACGGCACAGAGGAAGUCAUCCCUGUGGGGAAACCCCCGAGGUAUGCUGUGUGCCGCUCCGUCAGAGCUGGGACGGUGUAUGUGUGGAACUUGACCAGACGGCGCUUCGUCUGCCGACCAGUCAGAGUGGAGCACGGCCUCUACAGCAACACUGAUGUGGUGCUCGCCCAGGACUUCAAACUGUACAUCUUUACAGACAGAAGCACAAACCACAACAUGGAUGACCAUUCAUAUCUAUUCCAGACUCUUCUGGUGUAUGAUUUGAUUAAGCGGCGCUAUGUGAGUAGACAGACUGGGAUCGCAGUUAUUACAUGUCCUCGGCAUGAAUACUGUCUUCUCGAUCAUGGACGGACACUUCUAGGCCUAUCAGAGACCAGAGAGCAUCUGAUCCUUUGGGAUCUGGACUCUGGCUCUAUCAAACAUGAGUUGAAACCAUCCCACAGAGAGUCGCUCCUGUGCAGCAGCUCUGUCCGAGACUUGCAGCUUAAUGCGACACCACGCAGCGAGACAACAUUGAUGCCGUGGGACAUUCGGACAGAGAGCCAGUCUGCAAAGAAGAGAAGGCUGGAGAGAGAGGCAGAAAGAGAGAAAGAGGUGAAAAGGAGGCUGGACAGAGAGAAAUACAACUCUAUAGACCAGUACGUCCUCAGUGGAGAUGAACAGGUGGUGGUGUGCUCCUACUUUGCUCACCACCUCAAUGUCUUCAGCAUGAUUUUGCAUGAACACCUCCACACCUUGGAGGAUAGAACAUCACUGCUGAGCCUCCACACUGCCGCUAUUACCUACACUGGCAGUCACCUGGUGCUGACUCACUACAACCAAGACCAGAGGAACCCCUACGUCACCCUCUGGGACCUGCACAAAGGAACGGUGAGGAAAGAACUGAGGAAUGAGGCUGGAGUGUGCUGCGUAGCUAUCACAGAUAAUGCAGACAGAGUUGUCUUUGGGGUCACAGGAAGAAACAGACUGAAGGUGUGGGAUCCCUUCAAGGGAAACUAUAGGAGCAUCUGUGGCUAUGAGAAUCUGACCAUAGAAGUCUCCAGUAAGCUGUACAUGACAGAAGGAGGAACCAAAGCCAUUCUGUUGUCAGGACAGUUGAGCCUGUGGGACCUGGAGGCACGCAGCGUCCUGUCUGUGCUCACCCUGGAUGCACAUGUCCGCUGUAUGAGGCUGCUUCGUGGACGUGAGAUAUCCGUCCUGCUUGGCCUUAGCCACAGCUCCGCCCUCAUCAGCAUCAAGUCAACAUCCAGGAUUGUCAGCUCAGCAGCUCAAGUGGCUCAAGACAGCGACCUGUUUGGAGAGUCCAGCAGCAGCGAGGGAGAGGAGGACUCGUAGGCCAAUCAGUGAUGGACAGAAAUCAUGACAGAACAAAUUAAAUCCUUAUCAUGACACAUGGAGUGUGAAGAAAUAUACUUAGGAGAAAAGAUGUUGUGCUGAUAAACACCAUUACACUGAUAUAUGUGUCAUAACUAUGCACUUUAUCUGCAUUACAUCCCCCAAAUAGUUAUGCAGGGUAUUUGUGGUGUGAUUAUUAGUUUUUAUAUUUAAGAUAGUUACACUAUAAACUGCAAAUAAACAGAAAUGUCAUAAUAUCA